UCUUGCUAGUUUAGAAACACUUAUAAAAUAGAACGAUACCGUUAUUAGGCGUGUUUAUUAUAGGCAUCGUAAGAUAAAUAUGUUUUAGUCGGUUUAUAUGGGAGUACAAAUAAAAUGUCAAAAUAAAUAUUGAUGUUUUAUUUUUGAAGAAAGUUAAACAUUUUUGUAUUUCUUUAAGUACCGAAGCAUGACGGGUUCAAGCAAUGAUCAUAAUAUAGCUGGACUAAAGCAAAAAAAAGUUUUUAAAAUAAUUGUUUUAGGCGAUUCUGGCGUUGGGAAGACGUGUCUUACAUACCGCUUCUGCGAAGGUCAAUUUCUUGAUAAAUCUGAAGCCACGAUCGGCGUUGAUUUCAGAGAAAGGACUGUACGAAUAUGUAACGAAGAUAUAAAGCUCCAGCUGUGGGAUACGGCAGGACAGGAGCGAUUCCGCAAGUCAAUGGUGCAGCAUUACUAUAGAAAUGUGCAUGCUGUUGUCAUUGUUUAUGAUGUCACCAAGCCGGAGACAUUCCAUUCAAUAGCAAGCUGGAUGCAGGAGGUGGAGUCCCACGGGCUUACUGGUGCACCAAGAGUGCUCGUCGGCAACAAAUGUGACUGCGGCACACCGGAGUCUCGCCUCGCGACCACAUAUGCACAGCGACUAGCGGACAAGCAUGGAAUGCCUUUGUUUGAGACGUCAGCUCUACUGGACAGUGAGUGUGACAAUGUGGAGUCAAUCUUUAUGACACUCGCACACAAGCUGUACUCCAAGCAGCCGCUCAGGGUCGUCAGAGUUGAGGGUGAACCAGGGUAUGGUGUGGUCACCCUGCCACGCCAAAGGAAACCUCCUGUCCAUACCGGCACCGACAACUGCCUCUGCAGCUAGGACCAUGCAAGGACCAGAUUAGGACCACGCCCAGAUUAUACUAAGACCGUAUGGUCUCUUGUAUGGAUUACCAAGCUCUCUAACUGUCCGAAAUGUUGCCAAAUUAAUAAUAUUAAGAAGUAAAUUAUAAGGAUAAGUUUAUUUUAGGUUAAUUUAUAUCAAAAAUAGUAUAAACAUCCAGUAAUUGACAUUUCUUUCAGUUAUUAAUACAUUUAAAGUGGCAGAGAUUUUUCUAUUCUGUUCCUGUGGUACCAGGUGUUGCAAACCUGGAGAUAAAACUGUCAUUAUAGCUGUAUUGGGCUUGUUAAACCUUGUAUGGUUUCAGAAAGUCAAAUCCUGUUUUUACUAUGUACAACUUUUUUAUUAUUUUUUUGUCUUGAUUAUCAUAAAUAAUGAAUUAAUUGACAUGAAUCUGAAUACGUAAAUAGCCUGUUUAGUAUUGAUUGCAAGGACGGGUCCAGCAUUGGCCCCCGGAGGGUGUCACAUAGUUGUUGUCAAGUCAAGAGCUUGACAACAUAUGUAAAUAUAUUUUGUCAAGCUCUUGGCCAACCAGCUCAGAUUUGAGGGGGCCAUGACCCCAAUGCCCCCCCCCCGAGUCCACUGUUGAUUUAUUUUAUAGCAAUGGUUUUAUAUACCUGGUGCAGCACUGAAUAAGGUUUUUGUUCAUAUUGAAGGUAUCUAAAAUAAAACUAUCGAUGGUUUUAUAUAAGUUUUAUUGAAAAAAAACAUUUACAGUCCAAACAAAAGAUUUUCUUACACAAAACACAUUCUGUAAAUUUUUUUUUAACUUUUCUGUCUGCUUUGCCGCUUGUUAAGAAGGUUUUUUUCAUAGCAUCUGAUACAAUUUUAUUUUCUUUAAAACUUUUACCUAAUGAUGUCUGUUAGAUUUCAUUACCAGUUCUGAAAAAGAUAAGUUUAUUAUUAAAAAUAUUGUUUGGUAUGGUGUGAGUUAAGUUUGUUAUUUACAGUCAGCAAAAACUGAAAAUAUGUUGUACCAGAUGUUUUAGAACUAGUUUCGUAUUCCACAUCUUAAAUUAAGUCGAGUUUAAAUUUAUUAGAAGAAAAAUUUUGUUCAAAGAAAUUAACAUAAAAUGGUAAAAAAUCAGGCAGCUUAAUACAAAGUCCAACUUAAAGAGCUUAACCUCAUUACACUUGAACUUUAAACUUUAACAGGCUUAAAAAAAAACGCGAUAUCAAGUUAAAUUUAGGAAUCAACUAAGUAUAAACAAAAUUUGUACUAAUAUUUGCUUAUACUUGGUUUAUUCCUAAGUUUAACUUUGUACCGCGUUUAUUUAUAAGGCUAUAAGUGAUUAGUAGAUUAUAAUUAGUAAGUAAAAUAAGCUAUUUAUUCUUUAGUAAGAUAUUUAAUUUUUUUAAAUCAAUAAGUUUGACUUUAAGAAUUUACAUUCCCGAUGUUUAUAUUAGAAAAUAGUGAAUGUGGUGUAACAAAUAUAUUUUUUUUUAAUAAAAAAAACAAUCCAAUAAGUUUUAUGUCAUAUUUAUAGACUGAUUAUGUUAAAUAAAAAUGCAAUAACGUUUAGUUUUAGAAUUGUAACACUUUUUAAUGAAAAUGUUGAAUAACAUU